AUGAAGUUGGCUUACUUUGGAGUGAUCUCCAUUGGAACUCCACCUCAGUCCUUCACUGUCAUCUUUGACACUGGCUCAUCCAACCUGUGGAUCCCCUCCAUCUACUGCAGCAGCGCAGCUUGUGCCAACCACAACAAGUUCAACCCCGGUUUGUCCUCUACCUUCAAGAAUGCUGGAAAGAGCCUGUCCAUCCAAUACGGCACUGGCAGUAUGACUGGCUUCGAGGGCUUCGACACCGUUGUGGUGGGUGGGAUCCCUGUGAAGAACCAGAUCUUUGGGCUGAGUCAGUCGGAGGCUCCCUUCAUGGCUCAUAUGAAGGCUGAUGGUAUCCUGGGUCUGGCUUACCCCCGCCUGGCAGCCUCUCAGGCCACACCAGUCUUUGAUAACAUGAUGACCCAGCAUUCUCUGGGUCAUCAUGUUGUUCUCUGUCUACCUGACUCGUCUGUGUUGUCGUCCAUCUUCAGUAACAUCUCCAGCAUGGCCCGUGCUGUGGGAGCCUACUCCGCCAACGGAGACAAUGUGGUGAACUGUAACAACAUCAACAACAUGCCAGCGAUGGUCUUCCACAUCCACGGACAGGCCUUCACUCUCCCAGCCUCCACCUACGUCCGCCAGUCCACCUACUAUGGCUGCCGCACCGGUCUCCAUUCUAGUAACUCUGACCUGUGGAUUCUGGGUGACAUCUUCAUCCGACAGUAUUAUUCCAUCUUCAGCAGAGCCCAGAACAUGGUGGGUCUGGCCCUGGCUAGAUAAUCAAACACAGAUCAACAAUGGAUCCCGUAACGCCAUAUGAACAACAAAAUGAGCGUAUCUCUCCAGUGCAAUCGUAUAUAUUCUAAAGCUAAUUUGUGUAGUUUGUGAUAGGAAGUGAUACUGCUCUAUGUCUAUAACUGUUACUAGUUCAUCCAAAAUAAUAAAAUGGAGUCUUAGCGUGAUGAGUGGUCUGAUGGUCUUUUUUGGUUCAUUCGUGCUAUGAUUAUGAAUAAAGCACGCACUGCAUAAUCAAUCUGAAAACAUAAAA